AUGAUCACUUGCAUCGACAACAUGAUUACCAUUCAGGUCCAGGAGCCGAAGAAUAUUCCGGAACUGCGUGUGAUGAUGUUCCGGCUGACCUCGCGAAACCCCGCGAAGACUCCGCAUACAUUCCUGAACCACUGGAGCAUCACUCACACGGCCAAUGGUGCGAUCAUGAGCACGGAGGCCAUCAAGAGCUGGGAUGUUGUUCCACAGCUUGCCAACGUGAGGGUCAUGCUGGUAGGGGAGCAGAAGGCAGAAAAUUCGGUGUCCACCAUGGCCGUCUCGUACAGACCUGUCUCCGAUGCCGACGAGCUUAGCCUUGAGGCACUGGAGCCAACCGGCUUUGACUUCACCGGUGCGUCAGCAAUCUCGCUGGGCCACGAGGUCAUUGCAACAAACGCUGAGACGAUCCGAAUACGGGCAUCUACUUAUGCAGAGGUCAAUGUGGACAUCGUCAUUGCGAAUUUCCGGCUGGGGCUGAACGGGGGCCCGACGCUCUUCAACCUGAUCACGAGACUCAACAACGGGGCUCAGAUGGACGAGGCGCUCAACUUUCGUUCUGGCUUCCGACUGCCUGGCAGAGUUGCCGUUACAGGGAAGCAGAUCAGCAGCGAGUACAAGCUCAUGCCGGAACUGUAUCCCGUGCCAUCUCUUUGGGAGGUCCGGAUGGGUGAGUUUGCGGUUGUGGAGCUGCCCUUCACUGUGACCAUCAACUCUGUCGGCAACUUGAUGCGCUUGAGAGCUCCUCCAUACGACCUACAGGCCCAGGACUUUAACAUCAUUCAGAGCGGAACGGCUGAGACCGUGACCUCUGAGGUCACGAGCACAUCUUCCGGCGAGAUGGUGGUUCGCCUCGGGACGCAGCUCUUCAGAGGAGUUCUCUACGAGGCCUCGGUGAGAGCUCUCACUCCGAGAGUCCCGAACCCCACAGAUGCCAUGUGGAGCAUCGAGAUUCUGGAUGGCAGCCAGCUGCCCUUGAACACCAACGACGGGCUCACCGAGGGCUUCCGUCUCGUGGAGCGGGCAGAGCUGACAGUGCAGGCUUCGCGUUCACCUCCAAUGGCCGCGAUUGAUGUUAACGUCCUCACCUCAGCAGUGCGUCGCAACAUCGCACGUACGCUCAUCCAUGAACUGCCUUGUAACGAGUCCGACACCCAAAAUGCUUUUGUUCCAAGCUUCAUCGCUUCCAUUCUGCGAAAGCGAGGCACGGCAACGUUGCUGGACGAGCUUCCGCUCGGCUCACUGUUGCGCGUGGGCGGCUCGGUAACUCUCGCUAUGUCUGACAUCCGUGCUCGAGCAGGUUGUGGAAUCCUAAGUGAUCAAGGUGACAACACCGGCGCAGCGCGAGACAUGGCCAGCGACCUGCAGCUCGCGUGGGGGGAGGAUCCCUCCGGGGUUCUGAUUCGGCAGAUGUUGGGUGCGCAUGUCCUCUAUCCCGGCAUUCCACAAAUUCCUGGCCAGAUGGCUUUCAGUUUUAUCACGAAUGAAAAAAUCGAAUCAGGUGGAGCCAUCCGUGUAGGAUAUCCGACGGACAUCGAGGUCCUGUGCAAUGGCCUGUACUUGAGCCAGGUGGCGAUUACCGGUGAGGUGACUUGCAUGAACUUCAUCCAGGAGGGCUACUUCGAGCUUCGGCUGGACAGACCGCUUCCCCCUGGCCAGCAAGCUUUUACAGUCACUAGCACCUGCCCAGCGGCUGUGAAUGACAACGUAUUCUACAUCAUCAUUCUGACGCCGACCGGUCAGGUGUCAGACGCAGCAAUGAGCAUUCCUGGCCUACGGAUCCAACACGGCCUGCCAAUUUCAGCAAUGCCUCUAAUCUGGGGCAUGGCCGAGCCGAACAGGAAUACCUUCGUCAGCACCGGCAUUGAGCUGCUCGCAGAACUGCCUUUGAAGGAUCCACCCAUCAUGAGCGAGAUUAUUAUUGAGAUGCCUCCGGACUUCUCCCACCAGGUCCAGAAGACAGCGCAGCUGGAGACCUUGACAGAACCACUUCCACGAAGAGAAGGCGGCUGGUUAGACGUCACUGAUCCACGAAGGCUCAGGCUGCUAAUGGAUGAGGAAGCCAUCCAGAAGCUGGCCAUUGGCUCGUACAGGUUCCAGUGGCCCAUCAUGGUGCCCGCCGUGAUGCCGAAGUAUAAUAUCUGGGAGCUGACCGUUUGCAGUCCAGCCAUUCGGAAUGAGUCCUGCACGGGUUCCGAUGAUCCGCGUGCCUUGGUCAGCUUCCCAUUGGCAGGCUUUGGAAUGGGUGAGUCUCACCCGUCGUCGAUCGCCUUUACUCAAACUGGUGAUGCAUCACCGGUGCGGGCCAACUGGUCGGCGGUGAGCUUAGGAUCCAUACGCCAUAAUGUGCAUGACUGCUGUGAUCUUCACAACGCGGCCAUAUCAUGUGUCGUGGAUUGCAACACCUGA